AUGUCCAGGGUCUUCCUCCUACUCGUGCUUGCACUCGUCGGGCUCGCUUGCAGUGGAACUCGAUCAGCUCCGUCAGAUGAACAGCUGCCCAAGCUGGCAACGCAGAACGAGGACCAAGCCAUUCGGUCGGAACAGGACGGCAAACGGAUGCUUCGAUCGAUCAGUUCCUCUGUUAACAAAUUGUUGUCAACCGGACAUUCGAAGGCUCGAUUGAAGGUGAAGGCCAGGGCCGACGCUUUUCCAAGCAUCUUCAAGAAGAAGGACCUAGGCACAAGUUUCAUCAAGGUUGUACAGAAAGCAUUUACGAAGUGGCGCAAUCAAGUUCCUUCCACAUCCUUCAAGAACCUUUUUGCAAGACGAGGUCCAAAACUCGGCAAAGAACCCGGCAAUCUACGCGACAAAGAACCUGGUAAUCAUCUCGGCACAGAACCCGGCAAUCUACACGACAAGGAACCUGGCGAUACUCUUGGCAAAGUACCUCGCGAUCAACUCCUCGAAGAUCCUGGUAAUACUCUUGGCAAAGAACCCGGCAAUUUACGCGACAAAGAACCUGGUAAUAACCUCGGCGAAGAACCCGGCAAUCUACACGACAAAGAACCUGGUAAUACUCUUGGCAAAGUACCUCGCCAUCAACUCCUCGAAGAUUCUGGUAAUACUCUUGGCAAAGUACCUCGCGACCAACUCGGCGAAGAACCUGGUAAUCAUCUCGGCAAAGAACCCGGCAAUCUACACGACAAAGAACCUGGAAAUACUCUUGGCAACGUACCUCGCGAUCAACUCGGCGAAGAUCCUGGUAAUCAUCUCGGCAAAGAAUCCGGCAAUAAACUCCGUAACGAGCCUGUUGAGACCGUUAAAGCAAGCGCUGGUAAACCAAACCCGACGGUAAUCAAAAGGUUCAAGACGUACGUUGAGGCGUUUGCUCGAGACCAUAAACCUAGCAGAAAGUGGUUUUCCCCAGAUAAACCACCCGUCGAGACGCUUCCGUUGCCCGAUCGCAAAGCACGCACCAAAGAACGUGGCAAUCCACCCGGCAAAGUACCCGUCCAACCCGUCAAAGCAAGCGUUGAAAAACCGGAACCAACGAAUGUCUCGAAGACCAAGAAAGGUUCUGCGGUGUUGGGUCAAGACACAGAACCCGGCAUUGAAUCCGUCCAUCCCGUCGUCCAAUCUAUAAAGGAACCGGUCCAACCCGUCAAAGAAUCCUUCCAAUCCAGCAAAGAACCUGGUAAGAACUCUGAAGCAAGCGUUGAAGGGCCGAAACCAAGAUUUGCUUCGUGGAUCAAGGAAGGCGCCGGCGCUCUGAAGAUGACGAUUGCUAACGUCAUCACAAGGCUCUGGAAUUUCUUAACCUUUUGGAGGAAGUAG